AUGAGUCCAAGUAAUGGGAGUAAGGUAUUGGCUCCAAUUCAGAGUUUUAUGAAAAUUAUCUUAUUGAAACUCUUCAGCCUAAACCAAACCUUAAUCAAAAACAUAGUUCCUUCUGAUUCUUCCAAUGCUAAUUUAAACAUCUCUCUGUGCACCCUGGGCCCGAGCCUGCUCGCACGCCCCAGCUCGGGAGGGUCCUCCUGGACCCGGGAGCAGACCCUGGUUGUAGUGAAGCCAGAUGGGGUGCAGUGGCGCCUUGUUGGGUAUGUGAUCCAGCGUUUUGAGAGGAGGGGCUUCAAGCUGGUGGGGAUGAAGAUGCUGCAGGCACCAGAGAGAGUCCUUGCUGAGCACUACCAUGAUCUGCAGAGGAAGCCCUUCUACCCAGCCCUCAUCAGCUACAUGACCUCUGGCCCCGUGGUGGCCAUGGUCUGGGAAGGCCCCAAUGUGGUCUGCUCCUCAAGGGCCAUGGUAGGACACACCAACUCAGCUGAGGCUGCCCCUGACACCAUCAGGGGGGACUUCAGCAUCCACAUCAGCAGGAACAUCAUCCAUGCCAGCGACUCCGUGGAGGGGGCCCAGAAGGAGAUCCAGCUAUGGUUUCAGAGCAGUGAGCUGGUAAACUGGGCAGACAAAGGCCACCAGAGAAGCAUCUACCCACCCUGA